CUCCCUCUCCCCUCCUCCCCUUCCCCCCGGCAUCGGCGGAGCCAGGCCACCUCCACCCAAUCCGCCACUCCCUCACUCCCCCCACCCCCGAAACCCUAGGAAUGGAGCCCAAAUCCAACACCCCGCCGCCGGCCCCCGUCAUGGGCGCGCCCGUCGCGUACCCUCCGCCGCCCGGCGCCGCCUACGCCGCGGGGCCCUACGCCCACGCGCCGGCGGCCGCGCUCUACCCGCCGCCGCCGCCGCCGCCCCCUCCGCACCCCUCCGCCGCGGCGGCGCAGCAGCAGCAGCUGGGCCCCGCGGCGCAGCAGCAGCUGAACCUGUUCUGGGCGGAGCAGUUCCGCGAGGUCGAGGCCACCACCGACUUCAAGAACCACAACCUGCCCCUGGCGCGCAUCAAGAAGAUCAUGAAGGCGGACGAGGACGUCCGCAUGAUCGCCGCCGAGGCGCCCGUCGUCUUCGCCCGCGCCUGCGAGAUGUUCAUCCUCGAGCUCACGCACCGCGGCUGGGCGCACGCCGAGGAGAACAAGCGCCGCACGCUGCAGAAGUCCGACAUCGCCGCCGCCGUCGCGCGCACCGAGGUCUUCGACUUCCUCGUCGACAUCGUGCCGCGGGACGAGGCCAAGGACGCCGAGGCCGCCGCGGCCGCCGGCAUGGGGGCCGGGAUCCCGCACCCCACCGCCGGCAUGCCCGCCGCCGACCCCAUGGGCUACUACUACGUCCAGCCGCAGUAACCGAUUUCCAUUCCUUAUCUCCCUUUAAUCUUAGCUUCGGUCGAGCCUUGCGAGUUUUAGUAAAUUAUUACUGAGAGUGCGCUCUUGUUCCCCCUGUUCUGUUGUUGCCGCCUAAUAACUCUAAGAUGGCGUGAUGAUCAUCUGAUGUGCCCCCUCUUGAGUACUCCAAGUUAUUUGAUUUCAGAUUUGGGAGAGAUGAGUUAUCAUAAUUGAGAGAGGGACUGAGGGAGGCUGUGUGAUGGUGAUGGUUCAUGCGUGCGUAACUGAUACUCCUUCCAUAAUUAUUAAUCGUGUGCCACUCUCUGAUUAUUGUUAUGCUUCA